AAAGGUUUGGUCGGCGCAGUGUGGACGUGUUUUUAUUGUUUUUAUCGUCGUUGAAAAGCGCACGCUGCUUUGACGCUGAACUGUGUAUGAAAAUGUUCGCGGCAAACUGCGCGCUUUGACAGUGGAUCGUUGGCGCAGCGCGUGUUCGUAGUAAAUUGAAAAUUAAUCCGCGCUGCGUUCGGCACGCUCGCGUGUACCCGCCUUAAUAUGUGUCGGCCAAAUUACGGUUCGGAUAAAAUAUGUAUCGGCUUAACAUUUGUCGGCUAAAUUAUGGUGCGGCUGAAAUAUUUUCGGUUUUUUUACGCGCGCCCAAUGUUACGGCCGUUACGGGUAAACGCCGAAAUCGUGUGAAUCUGAGAAAUGCUCGGGCGAAACGCGAAAUGUCCACGAUAUUUGAGAAAACUGUGACGUCCAUAAAUUUUAAUUUUUCAGAAUUCCUGAAAUUUGUCCGAUUUCAGUUUUUGAUCGUAAUAUAUUAUGUAUACAUCAUUUUAGAUUCUGAGUGGAACGAGGAAUGCAUUGGUUCUACAAUGAUGUUUAUUUUGUUUUUUUUAUGUGAACACUUUUUUUCUACCAGAAAGCAUACUCCGAUUAUCAACCGUUUUAGCACAUUUCCUGAAAGUAAACUUCUUUGAUAUAUAAGUAUAGCACUUUUUCUAAAACCUUAAGUUGUUUAGAUGUACUUUAGAGAUGUCAUUUUUUGAUUUUUGACGCCAUUUUUUAAAUAAAAGCACUGAAGUGGGAAAAAACGUAGGAAAACGUACAAUUUCACGAUUUCAUUAUUUUAUAAUAAUAUGGACGACGUUUUCUACCCGAAAAAAUAAUUUAAUUGAAAAAUCACAAGAUAUCUCUUUUGUUGAAUUUUUGAUUUACUUUCUAACGGUAUCAUCGUCAAAACUUUUGAGCCACUUUUGAGCUUUUAAGAAAUUUCAAUUUUUAGAGGUUUUUUUGCUGUAACUCGGUUCUAAAUACAAGCAGAGACUUGAAACUUGUUAAUAAUACUUAUAUUAAGCUUACCUAGACGUGAUGAUUUAAAAAUCAUCGGGCGACUUUUUAAUUUUUUUACAAUUGUACUUUAUUAUUUUGUUUUACUAUGUAGACCACUUUUAUCCUAGAAAACUUGCUCCGAUGUAUAAGAGUAGCACUUUUUCUAAAAGUCAAUUUUAUCUACUUGGUAAAUACAUAGGUCAUUUUUUGAUUUUCGAAACGGUAUUUAAAAUAAAAAGUAUUAAUCUGGGAAAACAAUACGAGAUUUUCACGAUUUCGUUAUUUGAAAUAAGUACCUAUCACGUUUUCUAGCACAAAUAUGGCUCCAAUUGUAAAAUGACAAGAGACCUGUUUUGUUGAACUAUUAAUCUUGUUUUUAAUGAUGCAGUUUUUUUAUUUUCGAAUUAGUUUUCAUAAUAAUUGAGAAAAACGUAGGGAGGUUAGGUUAAAAAAAUUACAGUACUUCAAAUUAUGUAUUACCAAACGGCGCUCUGAAUCGUCUUUCGUCAGCAAUGGUUUAUCGUUGCUUACAGAUAUAAAUGAAAUAACCUUAUGCAUUCCACCCCACCCACUACCUAAUUACAACAGUGAUAGCAUUCAUCCCUGAAUUAGCUCUUUAUUUAAAUUUGUCUGUUAUGUUUCAAACAAGUGUGGGCAAUUAUUGUAGAUGAGACGUUGGAAAAGUAGGGUAAAGAAGGAAAUUUAAUGUAUAUCUGUAUGCAAUGAUUAAUCAUUGCUAGCGAAAAUCGAUUCUGAGCGGAGAUCGGUUAUGUUAGGACCUAACAGUUAGGUUGUAGUAUUUAAGAUUUUCAUCAAAAUAUGAUAUUGAAAUUCUUAUAAAAAAAAAAUACAUAAUUACUCUUUUUUUUUUUUACCACUCCAAAGUUCAACUUUUAACGAACCUCCUGUUAAACUGUUAAGCAUUUCUGUUUGGACGAACAAUUUUAUCCGCAGAGUACCUACCGAAUAAAUAUAUCGGAAAAAUCUCGUAAAAUUAAAAUGUCUAUAAAUAGCUCAAAAAUGGCUCAAAUGUUUUGAAGAUUUUACGACAUCUAUAAAAAGCAAACAGGUCUCGUGUAGAAACUUACAUUCGCUCGACGAAACGCGUGAUACGUGCGUUGGGGUUUUGUCUGUGACGAUUUUGGGGGACGGCGAGUUGUCGGCGUUCGCGACUAGCCUUGGUCUGUGGCCAUGCAAUCGCGGAUCGACGAUCACGUUCGUCCGUCACGCGACAACCUCGGUGAUCGACGUGCCGUUUUGUGGUCCUGGUCCGUGGCGCGUGAUGGUCGAAUGGUAGGUCCUCUCAGGAACUAUACGGUUAGUGAUUAUCGCUACGUCUAAAUGUGGUCCCUAAAUGCUAUCGGUGGUUGGCGCGAAUGCAUCUGGACUCGACGUCUAUUGCAGCGGGUGGUCAGACGUGCGGUUUCGGACGACGGCAGCGAGGAACAACGCGAGGGCUUCCGUCAGGCUCUGCGCGCUGCGACCCACACGUCACAGGAACGCUGCUGACGCGAGCUUUGCUAGGCCGUGGACGUGGACCCGUGGGGGUUUCUCUAUUGAGUUAUGACGCGCAAACUCGUUUAAUUGUGUACAGAAUUCUUAUCACAUCACUAACGCAUGUGCAUUGUGCGUCUUAUCAAACAUUCAAACUGAUUGAAUGAAAAUUGGUCUAAAUUGCUAUGCAUACGCGCGUAUGGGAGCGCGGGAAUAUCUAAAAUUUUCAAAUUUCGAUGAAAUUAGUAAUUACUCUGUGGCAUAUCUAACGUAGAUGACGUCGCCAUUACAAAUUGAGUGUUAUUUUCGAUUAAUUUUCGACACGAGCGAGCAAGUGGAGGUGAUCACAGAAAAAGGUUUAAGUAUACCUGUAUAUUUUGUUAAACAUUUUCUUUCCAGAUUUGUACACUCCGGGCUAUUAUAGGUACUUACCCGUAUUUUAAACGAAGAAAGAGACAUUAUCUAGGUUGAAUAACCCGUUAAAAUAAGUUUGGUGUAUGGUUAGUCUCAUACAUUUUAAUUUAUCCGUUUAUUAUUUUGUUAUACUCUACCACAGAAUAAUAUGUAUAGGUUUACCAUGCACAGUAAAUAUAUACUCAAUAAUUAUUGUUAUCAGUUUGUUCUUAGUAAAUCUGUACUUAUCUUGUCAGUCAACAAUAAUUAAUAGAAUAGUAUCAUAAAAUAUUAUUAUGUUUAAAAAUCUGUGUAAAUAAUUAUGUUUGUUUGCGUCAUAUAGUUUCAACGUAAUAGAUAUGUUUAAAUUGUUUAAUAAAAUAAUGAGAAUACUGACUAACACUUUAUUUGAUUUUUUAAUAGUCGAUAUUAAUACGUUCACUCGGUCAAAAACUGAAAUAUUUUACAUGGAAUGGGUGGCUACCAUGUGGCCACCCCCAGCCACCAAAUGGUAUUCUACCACGAUUCAUCAGUUAACGGACCGCAUUCCAAGACCAACGGCCUCCACGUUGGACAAAAUUUCAAUUUUUGGCAGUAAAACCGUCAAAAUCCAUUUUAUUUUUGUCCCUAGAAAUCUUACAUAACGUUUUUGAUUGACGCACGUAGUUAUGGUGGUUUAAAUCGUGUUCACAGACAUGCAGAAAACAAAAAAAAUAACAAGCACACAUCAUCUAGAUUCGCUCAGAAUUAAAAAAGAUAUGAAGUUUGCGUGGCAAAGUGCUUUUCUUGUAGAUAGUGCAGUGAAUUUGCUUAAGUUCUCGUUAGAAACUAUCUUGACAUUUUAUGUAGGUCGUCGCUAAAUUAUUUAAUAAUUUUUUUUCAAUUUCCCAGUUCACUCCUAUUACAAAAUAUCAUUGAGAGUCAGAAACUCCUUCUCUCGUAAAUAAUUUAUACCUACGUCUAUAAGUAUACGGUGAAUUAUACGAGCCUUGAGAUAUUUUUAAUUUUUAUAUGAUCCGGAAUCCUAAACAUACGAUAUUGCAGCCGAUCGUACAGUGCGUCGAAUUUUAAAUGUGUUUAUUUUACACAGCGCUAUCGCAGUUAACAAUCUUUAAGUUUUAUCAUACAGCCAGAUACAUUGGAUGACAAAUGACUAUAUGAUACGAGUAUAUAAUUUUUUAUUCGUUUGUUUAACCCGCACAAAUUCGCGACGCACUUUUUAAUAACAGUUUAUAUUAUGUAGGUACAUGAAUUUAUACGUGUGACUGGAUGAAGUGGAAAGAAGCGAUUGGAAAGCGCUGUGUGGUCAAUUUUUCAAAAAUAAGAGGCAAAUUUGUAAGUAAUUUGUAUUAUUAUGAUGACGUACUACGUGCUACGUGAUAAUAUGGGCAUGUCGAGAGAAGUAUAGAUACGAUGAGAUCAGAUAUAGCUAGAUAGGUAUAUGAAAAUAGUAGGCGCAGGCUAAAGAAAAAUUAGCUAGAACCGCCUCUGGGGGAGGUAUCAAGCUUAGGUAUGGCUUGUAGUUGAGAUAAUGAUGAUGGGUAUAGGGAGAUUUUAAGGGCACAAUAAGAGUAGUUUAGUUCAUAACAUACUUGAUACUUCCAAUCAUGUAUGAUAAAAAUAUUAUAUUAGGUAUUACACAUUAGGUACUAAACAUUUUGCUUCAAACGCAUCAACUUUAGAGGUAAUUUCUAGUAGUUAAUUUGGUCAAUUCGGUAUAUGAAAAAUACUUUGUUGGUUUCUAUUUAAUAUUUUUCGUCUGGUCUUUCGGUGUAUAAAAUGAAGGUGAACUCAAUUUUGAUGCGAAUUUUAACUAUUAAUUUAUUUUAGUAUAAUAUCACAAUAGUAUGUUAUCGUAGUUCACAGUCAUAAUUCAGUUGCGUGGCCGGAUGCGCUCGAUGUCUAACGGGCGUGUGUUUCGUUAACUUGUUUUGCCAUAUAAAUGUACGACCACGAGUGAAUUAUUCAUAGAAUAAUAAUACUCUACAGACUGCAGUCGGUACGCAAUAAUAUUCGAUGAUAGUGUUUUGACUGAUUGGUUAAACAAUCCAAAGAUAAAACGUCCAUGGAUGUCCAAUGAAAAAAUGCCCAAUUAAGAAAUCGAAGAAAUAAAUAAAUUAUUGAAUUUUGUGUUUUUGAUAAUUUAAAAUCUGAAUGAAUAAAAUAUGUAUACUUCUGGGUAUGAAUGAAUUUUGUGUGAUAUUUUUGUUUCCCUAAGUCAUAAUUUUAUGUUUAUCAUACAUUAUGUCAUUUUAUCUACUAGGUACACCAGAUAAAUUAUAGAAAUCAUGUGCCUCUGGGUGAAGGAAGUUGAUAGUAUAGAUACCCAGUGGUGUAAUUUGGACAUGGUACCUAUUUUACGACAAACCAUAAAUACAGAAAUUUCAGGGGUUACAAAUUAAUACUUUGGCGACCCAUUGAUACUCCUCCUCAAUUACGCCAUUGUAGAUACUCCCCGAAAUUCCACAGUAAUUACGUAACUGGUUUAGAUGCUUUUUUAAGUAUAGUUACUGCAACUCUAGUAGCGUUCACUUAUACGUUUAUGUUUCUUGUAAACAUAUUCAACACGGACACCUCUCGCACCCCUCUAGGCACUGCCCUGUUCUUUUUCUCAUAUUAUACAAUUCAAAUUCCGUCUGUCUGACAUUAAUGCAAAUCUACAGUUUUAUUCCGAUGAUGAUGAAACUUGACAAUUAAAACAAGAGAAAAAUCCUUUUACUUUUUAUCUCGAAAUUCAACCCACUUGUUGACACAGGGUUUUUGGUAUUUUAAAAACGGACGUUCCAUGUUAUACUGUCGAUUUACCUAUGAGUUUAUUAUAUGUACAUAUAUACAAUUUCCAUAGUCGGAGUUAGGUAGAGAAGACGAUUUAUUCACGAUUCUCAUUUCCCACAUCUCCGUCCCGUUGGGAAUCCUCGGGCACGCCACUGCCUAUACCUAGGUAGGUACGCAUUGUUGUACGCGCGUAAUAAUAAUAAUAUCUGUGUAGUAGUAGUAGCAAACAACAGCAGCAUAAAACAAAAAAAAAAAAAAAACAAAAAAAAUGGACUGUUUACGGCGUGAUAAUAAUACACGUCGCGCACGAAAUAACGUAUAUCAUUAUAUUUUUAUACCUACAACAUAGGUACAUUAUAAUAAUUUUUUUCUCGUUUUCGCUGGCGCACGUACGCGGCCGUGUGUAACACAAAACACCUAAUAUGAUGACGACGUUGCGAGUAUUCGAGUAUUGUAACGAGUCGCAGGCGAUUACAACAACGACACGCGGAAUCAUAAUAAUCAUGAUAAUAAUAAUACAAAUAAUAAUAAUAAUAUAUUACGCCGCGGAUCCGGUGUCGCACGGGGAGAGACGGUUCGUUGCGGUUACGGGUUACCGUUUUCUACGGUCGCGGUUCGUAGGACUCGUCAACGGGAGCGGAGUGCGGAGGCGGACGACACAGCGUCGCGGCCGCGCCGACCUUGGCCGCGCGUAACAACAGGUGCUCCGAUAACGUGAGCCCCGUCGUGUUGGCCGCACUGCCAGAAAAAUUCCCUCGGCUCGCGGAGGCACGCCUGCGCGCGGCGCAACCGCGCUAGAAAAAUUUGAUACCGUGUCCCGUUUGUUUUCCGUAAACGGUCUACAGUUGUUUACGUUUCAGUCGUUUGUCGUGGUGACCGUGGUGAAUCGCAUUCCGUCCGUUUGUCUCCGGCAGCAGCUGUGUACCUGUCGUUGUCGUUAUUCUAAUCGUUAACUUACUAUCCGUUUUAUAACAGCAAGAAAUUCAAGACGAACCCCGAAAUAACAACAACUUCACGACAGUGUACCUUUGUCGUGUACAUGGGUCGCCGCUGUUGAUCAUCGUCGUAUCUGGAGAUUUUCGCGCGAACGGUAAGUUCACCACGGAGUUUUCAAUAACUAGUUGUUCCGGUGAAAUACCUUGUUGCCGUUGCUUUUAUCACACGGUCGGCCGUUCUUCUGGCGAACGCCACCGUCUCCCUCCAAUGAAGUAGGCCACUAUUAGUACAUUAUAGUCGGGUGCUGGAAUUUGGUAGACUUCUUUUCAAUUUGGUAUGCCCAGAAUUCCUUCCAUCAUCGGUUACGCCCGUAAUCGACACAUUGAUACUGUUUUCCUUGAGCCGUGUGGGUCCUGACACCGAUUUACUUAUAGUAUUACUAGUAAAAUUGUAAGUUUUAGGUACUGAUUUGCUAUAUUAUUUCUGGAAGUUGGAAUGUGUAGGAGUGGCUUGAUAUUCAUAAAAAUAUUAUUGGUUCAGUUGAUGAUAAAAAUGAAUGGUAUUAACAUUGGAUGUUUUUUUUUUAAAUAUUUAAAUUUUUUAAGCAAGCUACAGUGGUUUUUAAAUUCUAAUAUUUAUGUUAAUAUUUUUUGCUUAAAAAAAAAAAUAUUGAAAAAAAACUAAUGUUCAAGCACAGACAAUGUACUUACUUUUAAGUUAAAUAAUAGCUAAAUUCACUAUAAUGUUAAAACUAACAGCAUAAAAAUGUUUCUUCUGAACGAAAAUUUGACAUUAGCCAUUUUUUAAAAACUUAUUUACAUACCAAUAAUAAUUUGAAUAAUGUGGUAAUUUUGAUAAUUUAAUGUUAACAUGUUUAAUAACUCUUUUUUUUAUAUAUAGUAGUUAAGUAGGGCUUGUUUUAGAUUUAAAAUGUUAUAUUUUUUGAUGCUUUGAAAUUAAAAUAACUGGAAAAAUAAUGGCACAAAAUAAAACAUAAUAUUAUAAGUUAUAACGUAAGGUUAAGUUGAUUACAAUUUAUUUUUUUAAAUUGAGAUGCGCACUCAUGACGUAUAUCCGUUGAUAUAAAAAAUGUAUUGUUAUACUUAAUAAAUAGCGUGGUGAUGCCAUACAUGGAAACUGCUCCUUCCUAGUAAACUAAUAGUAGAAUAGAAGAAUUAUAGACCAGAGACCCUGAUGUUAUUAAAUGGGUACAAUAAGACUAAAUUUGUUAUUUGUAGUUAUUAUGAAAGGUAUACCUAAUACAUUUAAUUUUGUAUGAAUCUUAGUUUGAAAGUAAAAAGUAAAUAAGUCUACCAUAGAGAUAAAAAAAAUAUAUAGUUUGAUAAUCAAAAUAUUUAUUAUGUACCUACUAUUAUUUUUAUUACUAUUACACAAAAGUAAAAUUAUUUUCAUUAUCAUUUUACCAAAAAAAAUUUACGAAUAUCAUAUUAGAUAUUGUCCAGUGGUUGAAACUACUGAAUUUAUUAGUAUUAUUCUUUGUAAAUAGAGUUUAAUUUUGUAUUGAUUUCUUAAUUGGAUUAUGGUAUCUAAUUUUCUAUCUACUGUCAAUAAACAAACUUAAUCUAACCUCUUUUUUUCACCCUUCAUUUAAUGGUUUUCGGGAUGGUUUUAGAUGUAUUAUAACCGAAUUACACCUGUUAAUUAACAAUUUUUAAUUUACCUGUGAUUCAAAAACUGACUACAUAGUAAAAAUUAUAAUAAAAAAAAGAUACUGAAUACCUACUGAUGGUUUAAAUCAAGAGGGUAAAUCACUGAUGGAUAUUGUUUUCACUAGAUUCCAAAAUACCAUCAUUUUUCCAAUAAUUACCAAAGAUUUCUGUUAGUGGUUUAUUCGCUGGUUUAAACAUUUGUUCAACAAAUAUUAUAUUUACUAUUCACUGCCUAUUUAGUUUAAUAAUUAAUAAUGAUAAUAUAAAGGUUGGGUAUAGCACUAUAGUUGUAUAAGCAUAUGACAAGGUGUACUGUACGUAUAGAUACUUAUUAUUUAUGAACAGAAUAUUUUUUUCCCAUUGAAUUUCGAUAAGUGAAAAAAAGAUAUAGGUAUACAUACUAUGGUGCAUGGUAUUUUGUAUAAUUUUAAAUUUGUUAAGAAUGUGUGUAUAAUAAUAUGGACAGUUAGUUUUGAAUGCCAAUUUGGUUUGUUGAUAAAUUAAUAAAAAACUUAUUUGAUAUUAGUUGAAAAAUAAUUUACCUGUUACCAUUGAUUUUAUAAUAUACUUUAUACUAUAUUACAUAUUAUAAAAGCAAUGCUAUUACUAACUAAUCGCGAAUGUCAAUUGAAGAAAGUACCUAUCCAUAUUUUUCAGACAAAAAAAAUCCAGUCAUGUUAUUGUUAAAAUUAUCAGUAUAAGUUACUCGCGGUUAUUCGUAAACAUUAGGUGUAUAUAUUUUAUUUUUACUAACUGUACUGCCUGCCGUUGCCCAUCAAAAAUAAAAAAUGAUCAUUAUGUUAUUAUAGCCCUUACCCGGACUAUCUUAUUAUUAUUAUCACUGUUUUUUAAAUUUCAUCCCUAUCACCAAGGUAACCCAUAAAUCAACAAUAAUAUAUAAUUUAAUGAUAAUUAGAUUUUCGUUCCCAAAAUACCAAUAAGCCUGUGUCAGCUCACCUUUAGGGUUGAAUAGGGGGAGGGGGGAGGAAGUAAUUUUAAUGUUAUUUCUGGUGUGGAACUACAAUCUUUACACGGUAUUUGCUCAAUUCGUUCAGUAUCUUGGGCGAGAAAUGGUAACAAACAAACUUACACUUAACCAUCCACACUUUCGCAUUUAUAAUAUUAAUAAGAUGUAAUUCUUGAUUACUGCUAUUGAAAUAAUUUUAUGUGCACAAUUUUCAUAUUAAUGAAAACGAAAAUCUUUUAAUCGCGAAAAAAAAAAAUUCUAAUAAUAGUAUCGAAAACAUUGAAUCUUAAAAUAUAAUAUACUAUUAGUAUUACUGUCCCUAUGAACGUAUGAUUUAUAGUUUUGUAGUUUGAAAUACAUUAAGCCCUGUUCGUUACUGCCUAUACUUUAAAAAAAAAAAAAAAUCAUUGUUUACCUCGUGUUUAUUCUUCUAUUCACUGGCAUUUCCUCGAUUGUGAAAGUAUUUUAGUAGGUAGUGAGUCUUUUUGCGCUCCACAAUGUUAGCAUUUUCGAUUAAGUAGUUCAACGGGCAAUUUUGACCUUGUAUAAUAAUAUAAUAAUUAUAAUACAAAUUUAAACAAUUUUAAUUUAGUUUCAAUUACUAGGUAUAAAAAUUAAGUCAUUGAAUUUGGUACGUUAAUUUUGCAAACAUUACGCACGCGAUGAUAUUGUUCUAACUUUAAGUACCCACUGGUAUAAUAUUAUUAUGCACGUGUGUAGUUUCGCUUCUCUCAUUAUUGUUUAAUAAUUGUAAUAAAUAAUAGAAAACAGAAAAAUAAUAGGCAAGUAAUAUCCUGCCUAUACGCUACCCGUUUGACUAUUUAAAAUACAUUUCGCAAACAACUGAAUACGUUAACAAUUUAACAGCAAUUUUAUUAUUUGGCCCAAACCAAGUACGUUUUUAUUUUCCGUGGAUUCUAAUGACGCUGACCUACAUAUGAAAACAGUUAUCAAGAAUGCACGUAUCCGUAUAAUAUAGGUAUUUUUCGAAAAUAUAUUACACAUUAUUCUUUACAAUAAUACCGUGUUAUUAUACAUUUAUAACCGUAACGUUGCAAAUGUUAUUAUGCUUCUUUGUACGGUUUUAAUAAAUUUCGGAGUAUUAUGCGGCUUUUUUACAGACAGGUGCGAUACAAUAUCAUUGUCUUUGAAAUAACUGUAAUUGAAUAUGUAAUUGUAACAAGAUAAACUAGGAAUACAAUAUUCGAUUUAUAGAAUUUUUUGAAUAGAACCAAUAAUUGACCGUUUGAUCCGUUUUGUGUUUAAAUCGAUUUAAGAAUCCUUAUUUUACAUAAUUAUAUUAGGUAGGUAUGUAAUGACGUCCUUGAAAUUGAAUUGCUAAUGUUUUGGCUACAGUCAAAAUAAAUACGAUGAUAAUGUGCGAGUGUUUUAAUAUGAUUAGGUCUUAAAAAACUGUAUCCGUAUCAUUCGUAAAAAGUCAUCGAUGUAAAGUUAUGUGUUCAGUUUUAAAUUCGAGAGUGAAUAUUAGGUGCCGAUUUUGAUUGUUCGAGUAAAAAUAAUAAAUUAGGUACACCGUGUCCAUAUUCCAUACCUUACAAUAUCAUUACUAUAUAUUAUUUUAAAAUUCCAAGACGUAUAUUUAUACAGAUGAAGUAUAACCGCGAAAACCGCGGUUAUGGUCCACUUAUUUGGUAGGUAAAAUAAUUUUUAACGAAAUUGAUAUCGGUUGUUCGAAAGAAUAAUGAGAUUAAAGACCUAGCCAUUUUUUUCGAGAUUUGAAUGUUGCUCGCUGAUUGUCGGUUUUUUACUUUAUAAAAAUCUUUAUAUUAAUUUUCAAUAAUUAAAAAUACGGUCAAUCGAUGUUGCGCGGUUUAUUUUACAAACGUUUUACUUAGGUGUAGUAAAUGCUAAUUUCAUACGAAAAUAAACAACAUUAUUUUAAUUUCAGAGACAGGAAAUUAUAAAAAUUUAUAUUACACCAGUUUUAUAACGAUUUUCGUGAUUCCAAUCAGGCACGUGUGUUGCAUCAAUCUGGUCGGUAUCUGAUUCUGAGCGCCAUCGAGAAACGUAUUGGUGAUGUAUCGCGGUGUUUCCCUUUACCGUGUAUUUCGGUUGUUUUUGACAUUACACUGCGGGUAGUAGGCACACCAAUGAGUGUAAAGCAUGAUGUAAGAUACAUCUUCAAUAACCGUUGUCGGUUUAACGAUGCUCGUUUGAGGGUGGUAAAACACCACCAGUCCAAUAAUAAAACGUCAUCGUUCGGAAAUAAAUUGCACUGUUGCGCACGAGUGAAAAAACCGAACGCGACGGUACUUUGUAGGUAGGGGUUAUCGUUUAAUCGAGCGAUUUCCCCGCGGUUUAACGCCCCGAAAACUGCCGUUGAUUGCGAAUUAAAUUACUCGGCUUGUACACGCGCGAUUUCACUAGGAUGUAACACGUUCACUCCGGCUCAUCGGGCCGGACACGGAACUGUCGCGAUUCGCUGUUGUUUCGCUCGCGUUUUUGCCCGCGGAAAAUCGACAUGCACAACGAUUUAACAAUGUAAUAUUAGUGCCGCGCCGACCAAUGACAUACCGAUAACACUUCGGUAGGCAAUCGUUGUUGCGGUGAUACAGCGGCAGCCUGCCGUUAUUGUCUUUACUUCCUAUAUUAUUGUUAUUCGCGUGGCCGCGUCGUGUGCAAGACCGCGGCAGUGACAUCGCUCGUUUACGGAACUGUUGACCUCACCGUUCCCGAAGAACGCAGAUCAUAUGCCCGGCAUGCACACGCGCGUAUUGUGUAUGGCCACGAUUGCAGGCCGUGCGUUUACAGCGAGUUUUUUUUUUUUUUUUGCUAAUUUUUUUUUAUUUCCUCCUCUACGCCGUCUUUUCACAGCUUUCAUGCUGUAAAAUGUCUGCGACACCUAAAACACGUUAUCACAGAUUUCACUCGCCUUUCCAUUUAAUAUCCGCGGGCCGAAUAACAGUACACUGGUCGCAAUGAUUUAUCGUCCUCCGUCCGUCGGGCAUCGUCUGCUCGCACGCCCCGCGUGUUGCGUGUCUAUGAUCACGACGCGACCGUACACAUAUCGCUAGAAACCCGAGAGAAAAAAAAAAAAAAAAAUUUAAUAAAAAUAGCCGGCGGAUACGGUAUUGCGGAUGUUUUGUACGUCGCGUCGCGCCCUGGGUCACCGGCACGUGGGCCGACCGCUGUGUACAGAUGUUACACUAAUGCGACGCGGGCACAAAAAUAAAUUGCGAUUUUUCGCGGUUGUGCGUCUGAAAUUUUCGGCCACUUUUUGCCGAGCCCGAAAAGUCGCUUACGCGUAUACGAAUGGGAAAAUAGCGCCCGAAAUGCCGCGAGUUUUUACGAUUCUAACUUUAAACGCCCAUAAACGAAAAUACUACAUAGCACGGCUUAAUAUUUUCGUUCUUUUGGCCUCCAAGUACAAUACUCAUGACCGACCACUUGUUAGUUUCGAGCAUUUUUGUCGAGCUAAAAAUACGUAUCCCCGUUAAACUAUAAAUACUAGAUAAUUUCAAAUGGCCGUAAAUUGCUCUAAAUUUCGCGUUGACGUUUAUAUUGAAUUGAAUUACUUAGACAAUAAAAUAGCAAAUCCGAAAAUAAUUAAAUAUAAAAUAAAUAAGUUUUGUUAAGCGAAAAAAAAAACAGAUUAUUUUUUGUUGAACAAAAAUUCGACCAAAACGAUAAAUUCUUGAUAGACGACAAUUGUUCUACAGUAAAUAUCGCACAAAAACGAUUCACGUUACAUGAUAUUGUGGUGCAUAUAACACGCACAAAUAAAAAUCUACUAUCUUAGUUUUUUUGUAUGGAACUCUAGAACUAGUGGUUCUUAAACUUAGGAACGUCUAUACGUCUAUAUCACGAGAAUGGCUUCAAGGAAAAUUUAAUUUUUUAUUGGUAAUAAACUAAAAAAACAUAACGUUUCAAAUAAACAUGUAUAAACUUGAAGGCGAAAUGUACGGUUGGCUUGUAUUUGACCGCAAACAAACUACACGGUGAUUUUUUAGGGUUAUAUCGGUUUUUUUUUUUUUUUUUGUUUGUCAAACAAUAAAAACUUAUAACUACCGGUUCAGAUUAAUCACUAGUCGUUAAAUCCACGUCGGUGUAUUUUUUUUCACAUUCAAUCGUAAAAAAAAAAAAAAUAGAAACUAUAAAUGUAUAGUUGGCCGAUAAAAUAUGUACCGAUUUUAGAAAGUAAUUUUAAAUCUAUGGCUAUUAAAAAUCUGUUUUAUCAGGUUUUUUUUUUUGGUAGCAUUGCCACUUAAUUAUGUAGGUAAUUGCUUUGGAAAUUACCUAUUUAUUUUGACUCUAUUUAAUUUCAAUAUUAUUAAAAAAUACUAUGAUAAAAUGUACGGAUAUUUAGUUAGUUCGUAAAUUGUUUUAUUUUAAUUAGAUUUAUAGAUCUCCAAAUGAGUGCGAUUUAUCGUUAAAUAUCGUGUACGAUAUCAGAACGAGAAAAAAAUGGCUCCAUAAAAAAAAAAACCAUAUUAGUCGUACUCUAAUAUAAAAUUCACAUGUAGCUUUUUAAUUCAUUGUUUUAUUACGAUUUUUCGUGUUUAUGAGCUAUUUCAGUGAAAUUUCCAUGUACCGCAGUACCUAUCAUGGGCAACAAAAAAACCACAACACAUUCCUUAUUGCCACGCAUUAUAUUAUUAUACAUCAUGUAUCAUUUAUUAGAUACAUUUAACAUUUUUAUUUUUGUAUCUUUUUAUGUAAGUUUUGGUAUAGUUGCUGCUCGUUAAUCGUCGUCUUUAUUUUCAUUUCUUUUAACGACUACUGUCUAUUGGUUAUUUAAAAACAUCAGAUUCGUUUUACGGGUAUAAAGUUAUUCAUAAUUAAAUUUUGUAGCCUGUAGGUCGUGGUUCUCAAAAAUAGUUCGUUAUAUGAAAGUUUUACUGUACCUGUGUACUUAUUUGUUCGAUAACAUAUUUAUGACUUUGGUGAAUUCGUUUGCAUAAAAUUAUGCUAUAUUGGCGUAUAGAUGUGUGAUACAGUGAGUUGAAACUAACCAGCGAAAUCCACCAAUAAAUUUAAAAAUAUAAUUUUAAUUAAAUAACAUUCGUAUCGAAUGUUCACCAAAUACCUUUAAUUUCAACAGAUGAGUAAAACCAGUGAAAGUCACUUUAAUUUCUAAUCAAUAUCGAUGAUUUUACUACCAACUACCUGUAUAUAGUGUGUAUGUAUAUAUAUUUAUAUUAUAAUAUAUGUAUAGAUCGGUUGAGAGGUAAUUUAAAAAAAAAGUAUACCCGUAAUACCUAGAUUUGGUAAGAAAUUCAUGUGUAUCACCGUAAUUUUGUGAUAGUUCAUAUUAUUAUAUAUUUUUAGUUUAAUUACUUACCAUUAUUGUAAUUUGUGGUAUAAUCGAGCUAAUCAUGAUAUAAUGAAAACCACAAUUUAUAAUUAUAGCAUAGUUAUUUAGAUGCUUACAGUAUAUAUAUUUUUAAUCAACACUAAUGCGUUAUACAGACGAAAAUUAUCAUUGAGUUUGUGCUGACAAAAUUACAAUUUUAGAUGUCGUGUGUAUUAAUUAAUUUAAAUUUAUUUAUUUGACACGAUCAUGACCUAAAAUUUGUCAUCAAUUUGCCACACCUCUGAAAAUAGCUGAGAAUCGUCGUGUACUAUUUAAAAUAUACGAAUAACGAUGCUGUUAAAAAUGAAAUGAAUCGUUGUAUUAUUAUUGAAGUCACAUUUUUUUGUUAGCGUUGCCGCGUUUAAAUAAAUCUUCCGGAGCCAAACGGAACGCUAAUGCUUAAAAUAUUUUUUUGAAUUAUAUCUUAAUCGACUAUUCUGUUAUUAUUUUAUAGGCCGCAAUCACCUAGCCAUUGUAUUUCUAACUCGUGUAAGUUCAUAAAUAGUACCUACUCAUUACUCUGUAAAUGUAAUACAAUUUUAAUUGUGUGCGCGUGUGUGUGUGUGUGUGUGUGCGCGCGCGUGUGUGUGCUGCGCUUCCAUCAGAGUCUUUCAAAUAUUAUUUGUAACUUAAAAUUAGAUUGUUUAAAAUCACAUUGUAAAACUAAUAAUAAAAAAGCCGGACGUACCAUUCGCACCAUUCCAAGUUUGAAAAAUACCUAUUAUAUAGGAUGCAUAUAGUAGUAGUAGUAUAAUAGUAGUAGGUAUAAUAGGUAUUUUUAGGUUUAGUUAUACAGGGUCUUCUACAGUGUUCUCCUUAUGCUAAUAAUUCUGUCAAUAUUCAUAUUUUUUUUUCAAUCGGGUUUUGUGCGAAGGGGAAUCAUAUGUAAUGAAAAAUUAAAUUUUUAUUUUCAUCCCUUAAUUAUUGCAAAAAAAAAAAUUAUAACUUUUCAAAAUAGCAAUUUUGUAAAAUACAUUAUUUUAAAAACUUUAAUGUAUCAUACAUUCAUAUUCGAUUUAUAGUUUCUUAGUAAUAGCAGUAUUAAUUUCUGGAAAAUUGGUGUGAAAACGAUUAAUUUUCAAUAGAAUAACACGUUACGCGAUAACGAAGGGAUUUAAUAAUUAAGAGAUGAAAAUGUAAAUUUAAUUUUUCUUUACAGAUGUUUCCCCCCUCAAAACCCGAUUGAAAAAAAAAAAUGCAUAUUUACCGAGUUAUUAGCAAUAACGAUAACACUGUAGGACUCUAGGACAUCCUUGCUGUAUACUUUAAUUGUUUAGAAAAUAUGUCGGGAAUCCAAUGAAAUGUUUCAAAUGGAAGUAUUACCUAUCAAACAUGGACGCCCGCAGGAGAUUUAUCCCGGGGGGGGGAGGGGGAGAGCAAGUAGUAUAAAACAUAAUAUAUUUAUUAAAAAUCAAAUAUUUUGUAUUACAUAUAGAUUUAUUUAUUUUCAAAAAUAAAUUAUAAUCGUCUUGUACCAAAACAAUCUACACGUUCUUCAUACAAAUUAUUAUUAUUUAUAAGGUAAUUUACCCUAUUUCUAUGUGUAUAUUCAUCAUGCUUAAAGCAUCGAGUCUUCCGUUAAUCAUGGUAGAGCGUGUCCGGGUUUUAACCCUUCGGAACGUUUUGAAGGACCGUUCAACAGUAUAAAUAGUUGCUAGGAUACUAGAGACCAAUACAAAUUGUCGAAAAUACUGAUGGGUAAAAUAUUCCUGAAUUUCUGCGCUAUUAUAAUAUAAUGAAAUGUAGUGUGUGGGAAACUUAACACGUUUUAAAAAUAUACAUUACAACCAAUCGACAAUCUUAUCAAAUGUUUUUAUGAUAAUGGCCUUUCUUUUUGCGCAAUGUGUGAUGUGAACUAUUUAAAUUUUCAAAAACUACUAUUUUUAGUAAAGUACAAUCAAAUUCUUAAUCUUUUUAAUCUGUAUAAACAAAUCGGAUCAUUCAGAAAUUUUUUUUUUUAAUUAAUUAAAAGCCAAUUAUUUGUAAUUUCGAAAAAUUCCCCAAAAUAAACUACCAUCAGUCAAAAAAUCCACAUCUAAGGUACAGCCUGAAAAAAUCGAAAUUUUUAAAUGAACGAAAAUAUGUUUUCCGAGAAAAACUAAUAGUUUCUUAGAUACAUUCAGAAUUAAUAUAAGCUGAUUUGUAAAUCUGCAUUGACUCAAUUUAAGUAAGUCCCGUUCCUGAUAUUAGUGUCGUAUUUAACAUCAGGCUAAUUAGGCUGAAGUUUAUUAGGGUGGCAAAAUUGAUUCAAGUGAUUUUUUAUUGAUUGCUUGUAAAAAUAAUAUUUGUAUACAAAUUGUUUGAAAAUAAAUAAAUAAAAAUAUCAUAGUUUUUUUUUGAGGAAGAGGCAUGAGUUCAUGAGUCAUGCCGCAUGAUUGUUCUGUAUAGGAAAAGCACAAAAAAUUAGUCUAUAAGGGCGACAAAAAUCUAAAUACGCUAUUUCCUGUUACGAUAAAAAAUAUAGGUAUAGACACAUCGAAUAGAAAAUAUUAUUUUUUUUAACGUUCUAAGGUUUUAUAAAAUAUCUGAUAAUUUAUAGUCACAUAUUAAUGUGUUAUGUGUAUUUUUACAUAAGUUUAAAUGGUUAUUUUUUUUUUUUUUGUACGCACAUGAAAGAAUAAUAAUAUAACUAUUCAAAGGGUUACAAAAUUACCCUCUGGAAAUUGUUUAGGUUCGUGACAGCGUGUAGCGUACAGAAUAAUAUUAUAUGAAAUAUUGAAGCGGUUAUUGACUUUAAACACGUGCGUGAGUGCCACUCCUUACCUUUAGUUCUCUUUCAUUUGUCCUCCGUGUGUGUAUAUCGAACCAACUACUAUUACUAAAAUGUGAAAACACAAUAGAUAGUGAAAUUUAACGAAAGCAUAGGACUACUAGGGAAAUCUGUUAGUCCAUGAACAAUAUCUAAAUACGCAUGUAGGAGGUAUCUAGGUACAUUUUUAUUUUUUAAUUAUUAAAAUUCGGUUGUUUUUCGUCAAAAAAGGUAAAAAAACAAAAAAAUAAAAAACCAUUAAUAGUUUUAGUUUAAUAACUAGAUACUUAAUAUUUUGCCAGUAAUCCGUAAUGUUUGCCAAUCGGUUAUAACUUCAUUUAUUUUAUUUUUUGCACAGUUUUCCAGUCGUAAGAAUUUCUAUAUUUAUUUAAAAAUGUGUAAUUAUGUUGACAAUGUUUUUGAUGGACUUGAGAAAGUAAGGGAAAACGUAGCUCUAUAGAAAUAAAAUGCCUCCGAAAUUCCGAAUCCGAAAUCAAAUAUUAAAUUACCGCACGGUUAUAUUAUAAUCAGAUUGUUUAAUGAUGUAAAUGUAUAUUUUUUUUUCGUUGUUCCCCUAUAUAGAACAAUUUUGUUGUAUUUUUGUUUUGCGUUUGUGAACGUUUAAAUAUGUAUCUUUGUAUGUAAAUUAAAAGGAGAGUCGAAUAAAGUAUUUAACUAGUAAUUUAUUAAUAGAGGUCACCAUUAGUUCAUAAAUGACCGUUCAUUAUCAUUUAUCACAAAUAUAAUUGUCUGAUAAUUUAACUGUCGAAAUUAAAGUGGCACACUUAAUUUACAACUAUAAUGUCGAUUUGGAUAUUUUAUUUACGGCACUUACGUGCAUUUUGUUUUUUAAGUUUGAAACUUGACCACAGUCUGCUAUUAUAGGUAGAUACUCAAAACUCUCAAAUCCACCACUCGCUUUAAAACCACACAACUCCAGUGUUUGUACAAGAAAAUGUUGCUUGGUAUUGAGUUUGAAAUUUUACCAAGCAUAACGCGAACUUUAUUAUCUUUUGUUGUACACAAUUGAAUCAUAUUGUAGAUAAUAAAUUAUUAGAACCUGCCCUGUAGGUAUAAAUUUGAACAAAUUAUGAUUUAUUUAAAAACAAAAUAAAAAAAUAAGAAUAUGUAUUCCAAAUGCUACAAUUUUUUCAUUCUUGUCCCUUUUAAAGUCUACUUUAAAAUACUCUCAUGUAUUGUCUUAGUCUUAUGGUAAAGCAUAUGAUAAAUCAAAUUGUUUUCAGCAGGGACAACAUUAUGUUAUUAGUUUUAGUAUUACAUUGAAUUGAUUAGAAAUUUAUUUAUUAUCAAACUUAAAGAUGUGAACAUUAUUCACAUAGGUACUAUCUACAAUACAUAUCUAUCUUAAAAAUUAAACAAAAUAGCUCUAACGCUGCACAGAUAAUAUUAUUAUCCUAUUAGAUCAAUUCACUCUAAUAUUAAAACUAACAGAACAAUAUUGUCCUUGUUGAACAAAUAUUUCCUGUCUCGUAUGUUUGUAAUAUGAAUACAUACUGCAAUGGCUAAUGCAACCAGGAUAUUUUAAAGGAAAGUGUCACAUUCCCACAUUAAAAAAAAAAAACUACUUUUUUAGCAUAUUUAAUAUUUAUAUAACUUAAAAUUAAUUGUAGGGGGGUGUCCAGACCCUCAAAACACCUCUCUGUUUGUGCCACUGAUGACAUCACCCGUGAGUGUCACUUCUUAUUAAUUUGCACUUAAUCCCUACCCUAUCUUUUAAUUUGAUUUAAUUUUUUACCUAGGUUUUCCAUAAUAUGUAAUAAUAUGUGUAUAUAAGAUGUUUAUCUCAGCUUUAAUAAAAGAAGCAAAUGCAGGAAGGUUGGUCGUCAAAAUCAUGAGUUACUAUUAUUAAUUACAUAUAAUAGAUAUCUAUUGGAUCUAGUCAUUAAAAAAAAUAUAUUUUUUAUAGUGAUUACAGAAAAUUCAGGUGGUCAUAUUCCGUUUUUAACCACCCUUCAGGUUUUAAAAAAAAUUAAUUUUGUGUAAAUGUUUUACUUGUUAGUACCAUACAUUUUAAAACUAUAAUUUGUAUAGCUUUCAGAAAUAUCUUUAAAAUUAGUGUUAAAUUGAAAUUCAAAAACUUUAAAUAUUAUGUCAAACUUCUGUAAUUAUUAUAUAAUAUUAUUAUGAUGUAACAUAAUCGUGAUUACAAUCCAAAGAUUAAAAUUUUUUGGAAAUUAAAAUUUUGGAAUUACAAAUUUUCUUUGUGCAUCAUAUUCUCACUAUAUUUCACUGACCACAUUUGCCGUUUGUACCUAUUGAUUAUUUUGGAGAACUUUGGUUGUAUUCAUUUAUGGUAUUGAGGAUUACAGUAAGUACAGCUGUCCUGUUAUUGUACUUCUGGUAUUUGCCUACCAAACUUGUAGAUUUUAUUUUAUUUGUGGUAAAGAGACGAACACAGCUAAGUUUUAAAAUAUUUUACUUUUCCACUUGUGUUAAACAUUUUGAAAUGUAUGACAAUAGUCAUGAAUCAUUCUCAUAAUAUUUGCUGUGUAGAAGAAUAGUGUCUAUACUAUUAUUAUUAUAUAUUUGUUAAAUUAUACCUUGCAUUGUUGUAUAUCAUUUUUGUAAUGUGUUUAAAAUUGUUCAAAGUAUUGUAUAUUAAUCAUACUAUUAUAUCCUUUUUUGAUAAUAAAAUGUAUUGUGACUCAUAAAACCAGUAUAUUUGCCUAUGUUGAUAAUUUAAAUUUGUUUAACUCAUAAUACAUAUUACAAUAUGUACAUAAUUAUUAUUAUUACUAUUUUUUUUUUUUAUAAAAAUCCGAUUUACCUUUGUUUCAUUAUUUUAAUAUUAUGUAAAAUAUUCAGGCUUUAUAUCAAAAUUGAGUAUUAACUGAAACAUAACAUGCUAGGGAUCAAUUUAUGUAAUGAAGGGUCCUAUAAUGCCAACUCUAUUAUUUGAGGCCUUCGUGACUUUUUACUUGAACAUAUUGGUACCAAUAAUUUAUACUGAGAAUAAAUUAAUUUUUCUCUAUUGUUACUAAAAUCAUGUAUUCAUUUUCAAAAAUAAAGAUACCUAAUUAUAAAUUAAAAAUAUAUCAUUACAUAAAUAACUGUUUAUAUUAUAAUAUGAUUUAAUAUACACUUAAGUAUUAAAAUUCAGUUAAUCAUUAUAUAAUAUUUUAUGAAACUUUCUAAAAAAAAAAAAAAUUCCUUCAAAAAUCCUGAUUUAUAUCUUAAGUUGUUUUAAAUUUUUUUCAAAAAGUAAUCAAUAUAAUGUUAACUCUGAUUUUAACUAUUAUAAUUUAUAACAGUUUUUUGUGUAUAUUUAGUUAAUAUUCCUAUUAAUACUAUAAAGAAAAAAAUAAACAAAAAACGACUUCUUACUCACUGUCUAAAUUAAAAAUUCAUCAAAAAAGAUGUCUUGUUGUUUUUCUAUUGAAGCAGAAAAGAUAAAUUGCAACAAUGAAAACAGUGUAAUCGGUAACGCCAAGGCACAUCUGUAGUUCUCUUUCAAGUUUUUCCCAAUUAUUUCAAAAACCUUUUUUUAAAUCAAAUAAUUACUUCUUUAAUGCAUCAAAUAGACAAAAUGUACUACAUAUUCUAUACACUGGAGCAAGAUUUAUUUUCAAAAUGUUGUUUAUAGACAGAAAAAAAAAAAUUGAUAUAUGGUAGUAUACAUUAUAUUUAAAAUACUACUUUCUGAUUUAAUGUUAUGUUUUCUACUCUUAAAUAUUAGUGUACUUUUGUUACUAUUUUUAUAUUGAAUUGAAGGAUAUUUUAUUUGUAUUGCGGAACGGGUAAUUUUUAUUGUUGUAUAUUCAGAUUUUUCUUGGACCGAAUUAUUAAAAGUGCACUGUCAUUGUUAUAUCUUUUAAACCACUCUUUUACCUAUUAUUUUUUUUUUUUUAAAUAAUUUGUCAUUGUAAAAAAAAUAAUAGACUGUGUAAACAAAAUGUAUACAUUAAAAGUGUAUUAUAAUGAAGGAAUAAUUAUUUCUGGUUUUUUCUAGUUUUUCAUGCAGUAUUUAAAUAUAUAUAUAUAUAAGCAUAAAAUAACCAUAUGAAUAACUUUAAUUUUUAUUUAAAAUAUUGACUUCAAAAUAGUACUUAUUUAAAAUAAGUAUAAAAAUAAUUGUGUAUUGUAUCAUAUUUAUAUUUAAAAUUAAAAAUUUGUUUUAAAUUUGUUAAAAGAUACAACAAAAUGACAGCAAUGGAGAAUGAAUCUUCUGAUGGAAAUGCUUCACCAAAGAAGAAACCAAUUCGUAAAGGAAAAACUGCUCUCGCUCGUGUUUUGUUAUUGGAUGGUUCUUAUCUCGAUAUUCAAAUUGAAGUAAAUAUAUGAAACUUCAAAAAAGACAUGUUUUGAUUAGAAAAAAGUUUUUUUUGACAUUCAAAUAUAUAAAUUUAUUAUUCUUAACACACUGUUUCUGAUAUUUUAGAGAAAAGCUAAAGGCCAGGAGUUAUUAGAUCAAGUAUGUAAUAAAUUAAAUUUAUUAGAGCGAGAUUAUUUUGGAUUAUCUUAUGAAGAUCGACGUGAUCCUCAUAAUUGGCUUGAAGUUGAUAAGCGUAUUGGAAAAUUUUUGAAAAGUAAAUUCAAUUUUUUUUCUUUAUUCAUACAUUUUGGUAUGAUUUAUGUAUUAACUUGUAUUAUUUAUUUUAAGGUGAACCAUGGCUGUUUAAUUUUGAAAUGAAAUUUUACCCUCCAGAUCCUAAUCAACUUCAAGAAGAUAUCACUCGUUAUCAAUUAUGUUUACAAAUUAGAAAUGAUAUUCUUAAUGGAAAGUAUGUGAUAAUUUAUUAAAAUAAUGUCCUUUUUUUUAUACUUUAACAAUAAAUUAUUUACUAGAUUGCCAUGUUCUUUUGUGACUCACGCACUUUUGGGCUCAUAUUUGGUUCAGUCUGAACUAGGUGAUUAUGAUAUUGGUGAACAUAAAAACAACACAGAUUAUUUAAAAGAAUUUAAAUUCGCUCCAAUUCAAACACAAGAAUUAGAAGAAAAAGUUAUGGAACUUCAUAAAACACACAAGUAAGAUGAUUAUACUAAUUUAUCUAAGUAAAAGUUUUUUAAACUUAAUUACUAUAAUAAUUAUAUUUUUUAAUUUAGGGGUCAAACACCAGCAGAAGCAGAAUUAAAUUAUUUAAAUAACGCCAAAAAAUUGGCUAUGUAUGGUGUAGAUUUACAUCCAGCUAAAGAUUCUGAAGGGGUAGACAUAAUGUUAGGUGUGUGUUCAUCUGGUCUACUUGUUCACAGGGAUCGAUUACGUAUUAAUCGAUUUGCAUGGCCCAAAAUAUUGAAAAUUUCAUAUAAGCGUAAUCAUUUCUACAUCAAAAUUCGCCCAGGUGAAUUUGAACAACAAGAGGCAACAGUUGGAUUUAAACUACCUAACCAUAGACUAGCCAAAAAAUUGUGGAAAAAUUGUGUUGAACAUCACACAUUCUUUAGGUUUGAAUGUGCAUUAAAAAAAAAAGAAAAAAGUCUAAUUUUUAUAUGUAUUAGGUUGAUGACACCAGAACCAACACAAAAACUUGGAUUAUUCCCUCGUUUGGGUUCAAGAUUCCGUUACUCUGGCCGUACUCAUUAUGAAUCUAAAAAAACUCCAAUUGAAAGACCUGCACCGAAAUUCCAAAGAAGCUUAAGUGGUAGAACAUUAACUUCUAGGAGCAUGGAUAGUGAGUAUUUUUUCAUAUUAUCAUGUAUAAUCUAAUGAAUUAAAUUUUCAAACUUAAAGCUUUAGGAGGAACCAGACAUUUGGGAGAAGAUUUUGGAAUGGAACCAGAGUCUAAAAGACACACCAUGUCUCAUCCUCCUGAACAUGUUUCAGAUUUAGAAAAUAAUCUUGGAAAAGAUGGAAAGUCUAAUAAAAAUAAUAAAAAGAAGGUAAGAUUGACUGAAAAAAAAUUUUAAGUCUAAAAAAUUAGUAUUAUUAAUAAAACUAAUUUAACAUUAUUUGAGUCAUAUGUUAAUUUAUUAUUUUAAAAUGUUGAGUUUCCUUUAUUUUUAUUUUUAUUAACAAGAGUGUAAAAAUAUGCUCGAUAAGUUUCAUUUGGUAACUCUGGGGUUGAACAUAACCAUACCAGUAUAGGGUUAUUUUCAUUUUUCUUAAGCAAAUGGAAUAAAAAAAUAAAAAAAUUGUCAACCAACUUUAAUUUAUAGUAUAUUGUUUUAAACAAAACUUAUAUCAGUUAUUUAAACUGUUUCUGAGUUUUGUCUAGAAUUGUUUUUUUCAUGUAAUGGUUUUCGAUGCUUUGAAUAUUACAAAUAAUUUUUGCAUUCUACCUUCCUUAGUCAUUUUUUGUUACAAUAUUAAUAUUGAUAAAGUAAAUUUGUGUAGUAAUUUUACUUCUGUUAUUGCACCCUAAUUAAUAGCAAAAAGAAAAAGUGAGCAUAAGUUCUCAUGACAGCUCUGUAACGGAGGAGGGCAAUUACGAGGCUGAACGGAGCAGCUCAGACAUUCAUAAGCCAAAGGUAUAUGGUUAGAUGGCUCUUCAAACAUAUUUGCACUCAUUAUUUAAGCUAAGUUGAUCUUGAAAAUAUUUAUUGCAUUGUAGAAGAUUUAAAUUUUAUUUAUUGCAAUUUAUUUAUCUUAUUUAUUAGAAUAUUUUUAUUUCAAAGUCAACUUAAUAACUGCACAUUUUAUUAAUAUAAGUUUUAGAUUCUUUGUGUAAUGUGGAAUCUGUUGGUUUUAUGAUGAUGUGUAUGUUUUUUUUAAUUUGGUUUUAAGUUAGUAGUUGGUUAGUAUGUGGUUUUUUGAUUUUCCAAGAAGUUUUCAUAAUGAUUGACAACCUUAAAAAAGACGCAGACACAAUGGAGAAAUUUUACAGAAAUUAUGGUUUUAUUACUUUAAAUUUUUUUUUUUUUCAUUGCAAUUCAGUUAUAUAUAUCCAUAGACUUGACAAAAAACAUUAUUUGUUUUUACUGGACAUUUUGUUAAUUCUUGAGCUUUUUAUGAGUAUUCUAUGUUUAUGAGUUUUUUAAGUAGUUUAUAUUUGGUAGUAAGUUACUAUGGGGGUAAAUUUAUUUGACAUUUAAGAAAUACUUACAAAUUUAACAGAAGGUUCAUAAUAGGUUGUAUGUUUUAUACAGUGGUAAAACAAAUAAAUAAUGUAUUAUAAUACAGUAAUUUUGUUUUUUUAUAAUGGUUUUAGGAUCAAAUUUUGAUAAAAAUUGUAAAUAUUAUGACCUUUCAAAUCAUGUAUAAACAAAAUUGGUUCAAAAUCUAUUUUCGUUAGUAAUAGCUUAUUGUUGUUUACAGAUAUAAAUUAAGUAACUUUAUGUAUUCUAUCUUGAAAAAUUCCUGUCUACAACAUUGGUAACCGCUUAUUAUAAUCACAAUUAAUGUUAUCAAAAAGCGGUCACACAAUAUUACCAGUUUGAGGACAUGAAAUUAAAAAACUGACAUCAAUCAAACAUUUUUUUUAAGUUGGUAGUUUUUAAAUGUAUUUACAUACAUUUAGGUUUUAAUUUUUUUUUAACAAUUUCAAAUUUUGUAUAUUUUGAAUAAUAUUUUUUAAUAACUUUGUAUUUGUGUAUUAAAUUCAAUAAACAAUGAUAAUACAUGCAUGGAACAAUUAUAAUCAUUUUUUAAUUUAACGAAUGUUUUAGUUCUAUUUCAAUUUUCAUUUAUUAUAAAUCGAUUUAUAUUGUUAGUUUUGUAUUUUUGUCCAGUACCAAAGUGAUUACAUUAAGCGGGGACCACUGUAAUUUUAAUUGUUUCUCUGGUGUUCAUUUAAUUAUAUAUUUAUUUUGAAAUAUAGGUAAUACAAUUUUAUAAUAAUGAAAAUAUGAAUUAUUGUAAAUUCACUUGGCAGUUUACAAUGCUUUCACUAAAUAUAAUACUUAUUUUCCUUUUUACAAGUUAUGAAUAAAAUAAUAAUAAUUUCAUUUAUGUUACUUAAUGAUAGUUAAUAUUUUUUUGGAUUUCCACUAUUUAGUAUUUAAAAUAUAAAUACAAUAUAUACACAAUAUUGUAUUUACUGUGAUCAAAUGUAAUCAUUAGAAAUAUGUCUUGAUUACAUUUUGUUUUGAAUACAAAGUUUUACUGUUUUAAAGAAAAUAAAAUGUAAUUUUAUGCAUAUUUUUUAAUAAAUUGAAUUUAAAUAUUCUUUUUCAAUGUAAAUUAUUUAUAAUUAUUUAUUUAAUAUUGAAUGCAGCUAUGGUCAGAGUGAUUAUGGUUUGUAACUUCUUGAAUUUCCAUGAUUUCUAUUUUUAGUUUUAUGUUAUGUAAGACAUAAAUUAAUUGUAUAAAUUGAAAAACAUGAUUAUAAUAUGUAUGUUGAUUUUGUUUUGUAUAUCAUCUCACAAUUUUGGAUAAAACAUUUUUCUUUUUUUAUAUAUUAAUUUUUGUUUACAAAGAUAUAAGUCAACGUUGGAUAUUUAGUUACAAAUUGUAAAACAAGGAUUAUAAGACGUAUAAUAAUUUCUGAAAAUUAGGGGGUUAUAAAAAUAAAAUAUUUAUUUAAAUCCACCGAGUUUUAAUACAGAGAGUCUUGUUUUGUGGAUUAAUAUAUUAUCGAAAUAGUUACCGAAUUUAAUGGCAUACCUACUAUAUUGUAUAUUGUUAUAUCUUAUUGUUAUUUUUCAAUAAUAAUUAUAUAAUUACUAAUUUGUUUUCAGAAGCCAAUUGGAGGAAUUGCCGUUUUGCCUACAGGAUCAUUUAACUUUAUGAGAAAAAAAAAAGAAGCCGAUGUGCCUCUUAAUAUAUCAAAGUGAGAUUUUAUAAAUAUAAUGUUAGAAAAACUGUAAUUUGAAUUAUAUAUUAUUUUAAAAUUAGUGGUGUUGGUGAUGAGGAAGACGAAGAAAAAGAGAACAGAGAAACUUCUCCUUCAAUUUUAACUACAAGUUUUAUAACGAAAGAACGGGAAGCUUUGUCUGCAAAUGAUACUAACAAAAGUGCAGAUAUUUCUGGUAUUAGUUCGUUAGAAACUUCUAAAGCUGAUUCCACUAUUAAUAGUGAAAAAUCUAAAUUUAAGGUGAGCAUGAAUUUAUAUUGAUUUUAUUUAUUUUGGUUAUUUUUGUUUACAACAAUAGCUCUAGAUAUUUGUUUUAUUUUUUCAACUAUAAAUUGUACUUUAAAUUUUAGAUUCUGAGUGUAGUGUUGGCUUUUUUUUUGUCUGAGCAACUUUUCUAACAGAAAUAUCUCUUUAAUCUAAAAAUGAUAAAAGAAGUUUGGUUACAUUUUGGAUCUAGUUAGUGUAUUGGGGAUGUAUUUUUCUGAUUUUCAAAGAGUUUUCAAAAUAAUUGGGGAAAAAAAAUAGUUUCAUUAUUUUCAAUUUUGUUUUUAUGUUGUAUUGAGUUAAAAAUAUUCACAGAGACUUGAAAUUUUGCAAAAUGUAUGUUAGUGUUUUCUAGAUGUUAUACAAUUUUCAAAAUAUGAACAUAUUUUUGAGCUAUUUAUAGACAAUUUACAUUUUCUAGUUUUUUUUUUGGUAGGUACUUUUUUGAUAAAAUUGUUUGAUUAAACAGAAAUGCUUGAAGAUUUUUUACAAGGUUCAUUAUAAGUUCUAUUUAGAGUUGUAAAAAAUGAAUCGCAAUGCAGUAGUUUUUGUUUGAUAAUUUGAAGAUCAAAUCGUAAAUAUUACGGCAUUUAAAAAUAUGUAUAAUUAAACUUUGCUCAGAAACAUUUUGUCUCGUUAGCAAUGAUUCAACAUUGCUUACAAAUAUAAAUUAAAUAACUUAAUGUAUUCUGUCUUUCCGACUUUCCUUCUACAACAAUGGCACACCCACCCCAGUAUUUUGAUUGUAUGUUUAAUUUUGUUUUUUUUUGCUAUGCCAUUUAGUAUAAAAAUAUUAAGUUUAGUUACUAUAGUUUGAAUUUUAUUUGUGUUUUUAUUUGAUAUUAUUUUAUAAUUUUGUUCCUUCUUUUAGUACACUUGUAGGCAUAUUCUAGUUGUUUUAUAUUGUUUGUUUUGUUUUUUUUUCGUAGAGUCCAAGUGGUAUUUUUAGCAGCUUUAAUUUAAAAUCUAAAAAAUCUAAAGACAAAUUGAAAGGUGAUAGUAGCCAAGACACAAGUACUGAACCAGAAUCUCCUAAAGGUCUAGACAAGUUCAAAUUGAAAACUAAAAAGGAUAAUAAAAAACCAAAAAAAGAAUCCAAAACUAGUUUAAAAUCUGUUGAUAGUACUACUUCCAAUUUAUCAUCAAAUGCUACAUUUGCUGACCGUUCAUUGGCUGAGACUACUGUGAAUGUAUCUGCUAUUUCUACAUCACCUAGUUUUACUAAAACAUAUGAUUACACCGAAGAAGAACAUGGUGCUACCAAAAAACGCAAACCGGUCGGUGGGUUUACUUAUGAGAAUAACAUGCAAAAGUCAAAGGAAAGUAUUUCUGAAAUUCCAACUUCCCCCACUAAAAGAGCACAAGGAUUAGCAUUUAAUUAUGCACCAGGAGAGGCGAAGAAGGUUGCAGAAACUGCAGCAGAAAAACGAAAGACAUUUUUAGAAAAAGUUGCUGCUGAUGGUAUCAAAACUCCAGGUAUCAAUUAUGUACAAUCAGCUGUUCACAAAGAAGAAUCGGUUAAGAAGGAACCCAAAACUAUUGUUGAAACAACGUUUGAACCUAGUGGUUCUGUGUUAGAGAAAAAAGUUACCUCAGCUAGUGCUGAAACUACUGUUCAGACUGAUCCAAUUUAUAGUUCAAUUUCUUAUUCAAAAAAUAAGAAAUCAAAAGAUCAUGAAAUUAAUAAAGACAUAUUAGAGAAAACUAAGGAUAAAUUAACUUCAUUGAGUAAUAAGGGUACUAAAGUCAAAACUGAAGUAGACACAAAGAAAGAAUCAUCAGAUUUCAUUGAAAAUGAAAAGAAAAAUUAUGAAGAUGAUAAACCUGCAAGUGUAGGCACUGCACCAUUAAUUGUAAAAACCACUACUAAACAAACUAUGAUUAAAGAUAAAGAGGGUGUUACUCAAAAUAUUGAAGAGAAGGUUGAAGAUUUAACAUCUGGUGAAGUUACUGUGUCAACUCAGCACAAUAAGGUAAUAGUAGUUAUUAGUAUAUUUGGCUGUUUUUUUUUUACUUUUGCAUGGUUUUUAUUUUUAUGCUUUACGUCCAGGCUGAAGGUUUGGACACUACUACUACAACGGCUACUCCUAGUAGGCCUCCUUAUGUAAAAGCAACUGCAGUAACUACUCGUACAGCUACUACUCAUCAGGAUUUGGAAAAAAAUUCUAAAACUAGCCAGGUAUAGUAUAGGUAGACUUGAUUUUAGUCAAUUGUUUACUAAUAUAAUCAAUUUACCUAUUUGUUAAUUUGCUUGGUUUUGUAGUCAAUUGAGACUGUCUACAGUUUUAUAAUAAUAAAUUAUUUGUGUUUUUUCUUUUUAGGUUGAAGAAAAAACUGUAGCUCAUACAACUACCACUAGUGGCACUCGUCAAGAACAGAGAACUGUUACACAAGAAGUAAUAUCUACAUCAACAAUCCUUGCUCCGGAAUCAAAAGUCGAGGUAAACAAUUUUAACCACAAGUAUUUUUUACAUAAUUUGCUUGUUUCAAUAAAUAACUAUUCAUUUAUUAUUUAUUUUAUAAAUUAAGAAUUUAGAUUAUGUUUUUUAUGUUGAGUUAUUAGCACUAAAAAGUUAACAUUGUUAUAGUUUGGAAGAUAAUUUUUAUUAAAAAUUAUAACAAAAUUAAUUUUAGAAUUAUCUUUUAUUUUAGCCUUUUUGUUGAAAUUAUUCUAUACAUUUUUUUAGUUACUAAAAAAACAUUAGGUAAUUUAAAUAUUUUUUAUUUUAUUUUAUUUCUUUUGUUUUUAUUUUAUUGCAUGUUUAUGUGCAGCUAAGUAGAGCUUCAAGUAGUUCAAGCCUUAGCUCGAAUGAUUCAGGCACACCAAUUGACUUUGAAGGUCCAUUAGAUGAGCCUAAUGGACUAGGAUAUUAUAAUAGUAAUUUUCAGGUAUUUGAAUACAAUAUUAGUGUAUUUAUGCAACAAAAUGAAAGAAUUUAAAAAUUAAUUAUGUAUUAAUAUUAAUUGUUAUUUUAUGUUAUCUAGAAUGAGUUCAAGGCCGACCACGUGACGGCUGGAUCGAACACUGCUGAAGAGAAACAUAACAUAAAUAUUACAGCUAAUGACAAGUCUUACACGCUCACUGGAGAAAUUGUCUCCACACAAGCUAUUUCUAGCAAAACACGAACAGUUGAAACUGUAACAGUAAGUGAAAUAAAAAUUAUACAUAGAUUAUUAUUUUAUUUUUUUAACUAAACAUUUUUUUUUUUUUGAAGUAUAAAACUGAAAAAGAUGGCAUAGUUGAAACAAGAGUUGAACAAAAAAUAACUAUUCAGAGUGAUGGUGAUCCAAUUGACCACGAUAAAGCAUUGGCUGAUGCCAUUCAAGAAGCUACUGCAAUGAAUCCUGAUAUGACUGUUGAAAAAAUUGAAAUACAACAGCAACAACAAACAUGAUCAACAUAAACUCAAUUUAUUAAAUAUUUUUUUUUUUGAAAAACAUUUGACAUUCCAUUUUUCAUUUUUACAAUUAUUAUUUAAACUCAAUGUAUUUAUUUAUUUAUUUGUAUUGAUCAGAUUAAGGCACAAUAUGGCCUAUAAUUAUUUAAUUAUUAUCAAUUAGUUUUUUAUGCAUCAAUCAUGUAUUUUGUAAUUGAUUACUUAUAUUUAAAUUUGUAUUAUUAUUAUUUCUGAAGAUUCCAUCCAUAUUUUAUAAUGUUUAUAUUGUAAUAGUAUAGCUAUUUUGAGUCACAAACAUGCCUAGAUAUCAUAACAUUCCAAUAGUUAAUUAAAUGUUGCAUAAUAUUAUAGUUUUUGUUACUUGAAUAUUAUUAUUAUUUUUAUAAUAUUAAAAAUAAAUGUUUUUGUGCUUUAGUUUUUAACAUUGUAUAAAUGUUCUAAGUGUUCAUUUUGUAAUGUAAAAAUAAAAAGGUGGUUCAAAUAAAUAUCUAAUCUAUAAGCUUAAGUAACAAUAAUAAAUAGAUGAAUGGUAAACAGUUUUAAAUAAAAUAUUCUCCGGCAUAUCAGUUCCUUAUAUUGACUGGAAAUCAUUUGUGUUCUAAAAUUUAAUUUUAACAAUAAUCAAAUACAAUUUAUAUUAUAAAUAAGUUUUUCAAUUUUUUUAAAUAAUUGUAUACAUAUAAACAUUCAUGUAUAUAUAUUCAUGUAUACAUGUAUUUUUUUUUUUUUAUAUUACACAAUUUAUAAAUACUUUAUUUUUUUAUUUAUUUUAGUGUUUAAAAUUAAAGGCGAACAAAUUUGUUGUGUCAACAAUAAAUAUAUUAAACUGAUACUACGGGUAUCAUUUAAUAUUUAAUUUGCUUAAUAUUAAAUUAAAUUCUAAACUUUUUCAUGAAUGUUAUGUAUUAUUUUAUUUAUUAUUAUUUUUUCUUUUUUGGAAACAAUUAAUAUAAUAUACAACAUGUACAUGUUUCUUUUGAACCGCCUGAAAUAGUACAUAUGAAUAAUAAUAAAAUUGAACAAUAUUUAUAAGUAUUGUGGCUUUGUUCUAAUCCACCGAUGUUAUUUAUUUUGUUAGUGUAUUUGAAGAGUUAUGGUUAAAAAUUAACCAAUAUCAAAUAUUUCAAUAUCAGUAUUUUAUUUUUAUGUUCAUCAUACAAACUUGUUUGUUAAUUUUGUCUAAUAAACUCUAAGAUUUAAACAAUUUAUUUGGAAGACAAUGUAUUGGAUAGAUUCUUACAUUGUAAUUUAUAACUCAUUGUGGUUUAGCAAAUUUAAAUGUCAAUUUAUAUAUGAUAAUUAUUUUCAUUUGUAAAAGUUGUAUUAUUGAAAUUAAUUGUGAUUUUUAAAUCAAUUGUUUAAUAUUAUAUUAUACUAUAUACAUUUUAGCCGAUUGUAUGAAAUUUAUUAUUACAAUUUUAAAUACUAAAAUUAUGUGAUAUUGUUUAGCUAUUGAAAAUGUUUAUCCAAUGACCAACAUUGUUGUAGUAUAUUAUUAUUUACCAUUGAAUUGUAUAAUGAUAAAAAUUAUAUUAUUAGUGAAUAGAAGUUAAAAGGAAAAAAAUUAUCUUUCUAAUAUAAUAUAUAAAUAAUUCAUUAUUGUUUGUAUUUUAAAAGUUUUACCUGUCCAUUGUUUUGUAACUGAUGACCUGCUAAUAUUAUAUUUUAAUAAAAUAAAGUAUUGUUCAGAC